GGGACCGACGGGCGCUGCUGGGAAGACACUCUCCCACGUCCCACCUCCUGGAUGCAGACUCAGUGGGGAAAACCAAGCUUUCCUCCCAGAACCAAGGGAGAGAGCCAGGGGACAACUGCUGUGGAGAUUUCUGAGGAGACUCAGACUGACCUCUUUGCCCACUCCCCGGAGACGGCAGCAGCCCUCAGAAGAGAGGAAGCCUACUCCCGGGCCAGCAAGCAGCCCCCGACCUGGAUGGAGUGAAAGAUGCGUCCUGAUGACAUUAACCCGAGGACUGGACUGGUGGUGGCCCUGGUCAGCGUCUUCCUGGUCUUUGGCUUUAUGUUCACUGUCUCUGGGAUGAAAGGGGAGACGCUGGGAAACAUCCCCCUCCUAGCUAUCGGGCCCGCCAUCUGCCUACCAGGCAUUGCGGCCAUUGCCCUGGCCAGGAAAACCGAGGGAUGCACCAAGUGGCCGGAUAACGAGCUGCUGUGGGUCCGCAAAUUGCCCUGUUUCCGAAAACCCAAGGACAAGGAGGUGGUGGAACUGCUGAGGACCCCUUCAGACCUGGAGUCGGGCAAGGGGAGCUCAGACGAGCUGGCUAAGAAGGCGGGCCUCAGGGGAAAGCUUCCCCAACAGGGGCAGGGUGAGGUCCCUCUGGCCAGCUCCAUCACCAGCCCCACACGCACGGAGGAAGGAGAAUGCCAGAGUCUAGUCCAGAGCGGACUUCCGGAGGAGACGUCCAGAUACCUGGACGGCUACUGCCCCUCGGGCAGUUCCCUUGCCUACAGUGCCUUAGAUGCUAAGUGCUCAGCCUGGGACAGAUCCGACUGCCCUGAGCCCGAGGACAGUAUCUUUUUUGUGCCCCAAGACAGUGUCAUCGUUUGCUCCUACAAGCAGAACAGCCCCUAUGACAGAUACUGUUGUUACAUCAAUCAGAUCCAAGGAAGAUGGGACCAUGAGACGAUAGUCUAA